AUGUGCGCGUUAGUGUGUUUGCCGAUACCAAUCGCAGUGAGUUAUAGUGAAAUAUCACGCCAUCUGGAACUAGUGGUUGAAAAUGGUGAAAUCGGUAAAAUGGAGCAGCUGAUCAAUUCAAUUGCGGAUGAGUUUCCAGUUCCGACAAUUUUCAAUGGGUACUCAUUACUCUGCAAGGCAAUUGAGUAUUCACAGCCAGAAGCCGCCGAACUUCUUCUCAAUUACAUCGUAAGUAAAGAGAGUAAAGCUUCUUUCUAUACCGCUCUUCACUAUGCAGUUUUGGACAAUAAUCUUUACAUUACAAGACUGAUUGCUCAAAGAGGCGUGAAUCUUAAUUCAAAGGCGAGUAUCAUCAGUGAUGAAAUAAACGCUGAAACUUACACGGACCGAUACGCGACUAUUUUUUACCGUUUGUCUGAAAAAUGCUCGCUAGCUUCGGACAAAACAAUUCUUCGGCAAUGCACGCCUUUACACUUAGCUUUCAAGAACGAAAGCUCCGAAAUGAUUGAAUUAUUAAUUUUUCAUGGUGCUAAAGCGACGGCUGCGGAUUUAGCAGAAAAUUUCCCGAUGGAUAUCGCCAUCAAAAAGAAUAAUAUUCAAGCUAUGAAGUUACUGUUAAAUCCAGAAAAUAGUCAAUUUAUUCUGGAUAAAUUUGAAGAACCUGAGUAUUCUCAUGGGUAUUUUCAAUACAUUAGCCGAGAAAUUAAAGCAGGAAUUUUGAUGCCGGCGAUUUCAAAUAAUGAUUCAGAGCUGGCGAUCAAGUUGAUCGACAGUGGCGUGGGCGUCGAUGCAGAUCACAGAAAAAUAGCGUUUACUCUUCAGAUCGAUGCAAUUCUUUGCGAAAAUUUAACUGUGGUCAAGCAUUUGCUUCGUAAAAGCGUUGAGGUCAAUUCGAUGACCAAAGAUGGCUCAACAGCAAUGCAUUAUUUGUUUGCGAAGUCAUUUUUCGAUGAAAACGGAGAAGACAUUACCGUCCAAGUCGCAGAGUUAUUUCUGAGUCAUAAUGUCGAUUUCAAUCUUCAGGAUAGCAGGGGAAUGACUCCUCUGCAUUUAGUGUCUUAUGACGUCGAGAAGAUUAGCUUUCUGCUGGAGAACGGUGCAGAUAUUGACAUCGCGACAGACAUUUUGAUAUUUUACGUGAGAAGAAAUAAGUGA